CCUCGCGUCCUCUUCCCCACACCGCUGCCGCAUUGCUUACCCCAUUCCGCCGCCGCCUCCUUGUGGUCCAGCACGCCUUCGUUCCCUCCUCUAAUCCACUAUCACGCCGUUGCCUCAGCUGAUUCGCGGAGAUGGUCCGGCCGCCGCCGGCCAUCUCCAGCGGCAGAGGAGGCCAAGCAGGGGUGCAACAGUUUGAGGGGAAGCAGAUGCAUGGAGGCGUGGGCAGUGGAGGUCUUGGCGCCAAUAUCUCUUCCACGCUGGCUCUGCCUCCACCCUCGCAUCCCCUAUCCGCCUCCAGGCGCGCCUUGGCUCGCGGGAGGCAGAGAUGUUUAGCCUGCUGCUACUCACUCUAUAUGAUACAAAUCGAUCUGUUUAAUGUUGUUUUUCUGAAGGUCCGCUGUCAUGGCCGCCGGAUGCGAGAAUCCAUGGGGGCAAACCAUGUUCGUUGUCGUACGGAAGCCAUGCCACAAUGGGUAUGCAUGACACUUAUUCAAUGUCUCAGGACCAUCGAGCAUGAUCAAGAAGAAAUACAGAAUGUUCCGAGCAGAGUGUUCUAA